CCCGAAUCCGAUUGGAUAUUGGAAGAGAAAUUGCUAGGGAACACAUUUAUCCACACAACAUGCCGUAGUUUCAUCAAGACCAAAAAAAUGGAUGUAGAGGCAUUGGGAGUGGACUUUGAUCUGGCUGAAGUUGGCUGCCAAGGAAAACUUGUUCCAGUCCCAAAGAGAAAUUGUUGUAGUAAUCUGCCCAGACAAACUCUCCCAGCUGGUUUGCCACCCGUCCUACCAUCUUGGGAUGAAGAGUUAGAGGAGUACUUGACAUGUGUGGAGAAAGUACCUGUGCAUGACACUACAAGUGCACAAAAGUUUUGGGCCAGAGAGCCGUGCCCCGAGAACCUCUACCAUGCUGAGGUGUCUGAGGUCCAGACCACAAUUCAGGUGGACAGAAACCCUACCACAGGGCAGUUGCUGGGCUACAAAGAGGAAUACUUGGAAAGCACUUCAGAGACUAAAACGUCUUUAUCCCUCAGAAGGCCUCCAGGUCCUGCUAGUCAGGAUGUUAGGGGAAGCAGCACCAAUUUCCCGUUCUUGCCAGGUGGUAUGGAGGAAAUUGAGAAUAUGUUAUCCAAAGAUACAAAGGAUUUUCUGGAUUUUGAAAAAGAGUUAUUGUCAGUAGCACCUGGUAUGAAGGAGGGGAUGAGCUUUGAUGAUCUUAACAGCACACCUCAAAGGGAGACAACUUUUGUAAAUCUGGCAGAUAUCAUGUCUGCUGCAGAUCUUGAUGAGUUUGACCUUGGAGAUGAGGAGGAUGAGAUCGAAUCCAAAGAAACUGACAAAGGUCAAGGUCAAAUUCAGGGUGAUGCAAAACUGGAGAAGAGUAACAGUUUGGAAGACCUUGUAAAGAUUGAUAAUGAGAAAGAAAAGGAGAAAGCCAUUAGAGUGCACUCUGACGAGAGGCAAGAGGAAUGGGCAGUCAAAGUAGACAUCGAUCAUCCCGUGCAAGAUUUCUACCAACGAAUACCGGACAUGGCAUACAAGUGGCCCUUUGAGUUGGACGUAUUCCAGAAGCAGGCCAUCCUUCACUUGGAAAACCAUGAGAGUGUCUUUGUUGCUGCCCACACGUCGGCUGGUAAAACAGUGGUUGCUGAGUACGCCAUAGCUCUGUCACUGAAACACAUGACCAGGACUGUGUAUACAUCACCUAUCAAGGCUCUUUCCAACCAGAAGUAUAGAGAAUUCAAGCAAACAUUUGGUGAGGUGGGGCUAAUUACAGGAGAUGUUCAAAUCAACCAGACAGCUUCCUGUCUCAUCAUGACUACAGAAAUUCUCAGGUCCAUGUUGUACAACGGAUCAGAAGUAAUCAGGGAUCUGGAGUGGGUGAUCUUUGAUGAAGUCCAUUACAUCAAUGAUGCAGAGAGAGGAGUUGUUUGGGAGGAGGUCCUUAUUAUGUUGCCACAACACGUCAAUAUCAUUCUUCUGAGUGCAACGGUGCCCAACACUCUGGAGUUUGCUGCUUGGAUUGGGAGGACGAAGAAGAAGAAAAUCUAUGUGAUCAGCACCCUGAAGAGACCAGUCCCACUAGAACACCAUCUGUACACGGGCACAAGUGGGAAAACCAGCACCGAACUGUUCCUGAUUGUGGACGAGAAGAAGAACUUCCUUACUAAUGGGUAUACCAAAGCUCUUGAUGCAAAGAAAGACAAAAGUAAAUCAUCUCAAGGAUUUGGAGCCAAGGGAAGGGGAGGUCACCCAAAUCAAGACAAGAAUAUAUGGAUAUCUAUCAUCGACAUGCUGAAGAAAAAAGACAAACUGCCAGCUGUGGCUUUCACUUUCUCCAAGAGGAAGAUUGACGACAAUGCACAGAACCUUCAGAACAAGGACCUGACUACUGCCAGUGAGAAGAGCGAAAUUCACAUCUUCUUUCACAAUGCCAUAAAACGACUAAAGCCACCAGACCAAAAACUUCCGCAGGUAUUACAAAUGGAGGCCUUAUUGAAGAAUGGGAUUGGGGUACAUCAUAGUGGAAUCUUACCAAUUCUAAAAGAGGUUGUGGAAAUGCUUUUCCAGAAAGCAUUGGUAAAAAUUCUCUUUGCCACGGAGACGUUUGCUAUGGGUGUGAACAUGCCUGCCAGAACAGUUGUGUUUGACAGCAUCAGGAAGCAUGAUGGGACGAAUUUCCGAGACCUACUUCCUGGAGAGUAUAUCCAGAUGGCAGGGAGAGCUGGGAGGAGGGGGUUAGAUACGACAGGGACAGUUAUCAUUCUCUGUAAGGGAGAUGUGCCCGAGAUGUCUGAUCUUCAUAAAAUGAUGCUGGGAAAGCCAACCAAGUUGGAAUCUCAAUUCCGCUUGACUUACUCUAUGAUCCUCAACUUGCUGCGAGUGGAACAACUCCGAGUUGAAGACAUGAUAAAGCGAAGCUUCUCCGAAUUCCACCAGCAGAAGGACAUGAGUAAACACAAGGUGUCCAUAGACCAGCUCCACAGGCAGAUAUCUCAGAUCCGCCCCAUAGAGUGCUACUUGUGCUCUGUAGACCUUGAGAAGUACUAUGAAACUUGUAGAGAUUAUCAGUGUCUAAAGAAGACGUUACAGGAAGUUGUUUUGUCACACCCUGCAGCCAUUAAAGCUCUGACAACAGGCAGGGUUAUUGUCAUAAACAACGGUUUCCAUAGCAACCAACUAGGAAUCAUUCUGAACACUACCAUGGCAGCUAAUAAUGAAAGAACAUUUACAUGUCUCAUCUUAUGUGAUAAAAAUAAUUCAAAAUCUGAAGAAAAAACAGAGAAUGAUGAAGUUUCCCCAAUGACAAAUACUGAUCUCUUCCUACCUGAAACACCAUGUGGACAUGACGUGAUUCAGGUCAAGGCCAAAGACAUAAGUACAGUGACUGUUAAAAGUAUUCGUGUCGAUGCCAGUAAAAUUAUUGAUGACAUCAAGAAAAGACAGAUGCUGAGAUUUAGAGAUGAUCCACCUGGAAAAUCAGUUGCCACAGCUUCUCAAGAAUUACUACGCAUGAUUGAAUCCAACAUUCACGGUCUACCUGGGCUGGACCCAGUCAAGGACCUUCACCUUCGAGACAUUGACCUUGUGGAAAAGUUCCGAUCUCUGCAGCUCAUAGAGGACAGCUUUAAAAUCUACCAGUGCAUAAACUGUCCCCAUUUUAUUGAACAUUUUGAAGAACACAGAAAAAAUACUAAACUGAAGGAUGAGUACAAAAGACUCAAGUUUUUAUUAUCUGAUGAAAGUCUGACACUGUUGCCAGAGUAUCAACAAAGAGUUCAGGUAUUGAAGCACUUAAAUUACAUAGAUGAGAACAGUGCUGUGCAAUUAAAAGGUAGAGUUGCCUGUGAGAUAAGCAGCCACGAGAUCAUGAUUACGGAGCUAGUGUUUGAGAAUAUCCUGACAGACUUGCAUCCUACAGAAAUUGCUGCUCUUCUUUCCUGUGUGGUGUUUGAACAAAAGAAUUGUAGUAAACCCAAAUUGUCCCCAGAACUUGUCAAGGGGAAAGAAUCCAUCCUAUCCAUCGCCCAAAAGAUCAGCAGCCUUCAGAGGCAAUGUGGGAUGAAUUUGGUCGGGGAUUAUGAAGAUGAGUUCAAGUUUGGACUAAUGGAGGUGGUGUUUGAAUGGGCAAGAGGCUUGCCCUUUGAUAAAAUCACCGACUUAACUGAUGUACAGGAAGGGAUCAUUGUGCGUUGUAUACAAAGACUUCACGAGACGCUGAGAGACGUUCGGAACGCAGCUCGUAUCAUCGGUGACCCCGUCUUGUAUCGUAAAAUGGAGGAGGCCUCAUUGAUGAUAAAAAGAGACAUUGUCUUUGCAGCCUCACUGUACACACAAUAAAUGUUUUUUAAAAUAAACAUUCAUGGUGCAA